GUUACGCUGAACACGUACUGCUACUCAGUUUAGUGCGUACUGCACACGACUAGACUGUGCUAUCGUUAGUACUGAACUGUCUAGGGGGCACGCAAACUUCUUUUUGACCACUUGUACUGAAAAUUGCGUUUAUUUCAUCGCCAUAGUAACCACGAAGGUGCUGUUUACAGGUUUUCCAUACGUGAAUAGCAUGGUCAUUAGAUUAUCACACUUUCGCGUGCAAUAAUACGUCACAACUACGAUGAACGCGAAUACCACAGGAGUCGCAGAUAAUGUGACUGAGACUGUCACAGAGGCCGCCAAAACAGUCGGCAGAGCAGUGUCAACGGUCAUCGGUGUGGUUCCCGAUGAGCACACCGCCGAGGAAACUGUGUUAGAAUGGCAGCAUUUCCUGGAGAUAGUAUCUGGUCUAUUUGUCUUAGCGUCCCUUGUCAUUUCCGGAUAUGGCAUAUACAAGCAUCUCGUCUCAUACGUACACCCAGAGCGGCAAAGGCGUGUGGUGCGCAUACUAGGGCUGGUUCCAAUCUACUCCUUAGAUUCAUGGUUUUCUCUAGUGUUUGUUGAGGCUGCUCUAUAUCUCGACACUCUCCGCGAUGUGUACGAAGCCUAUGUGCUGUAUCAGUUCUUCCUGUUGUGUGUUUCUUAUCUGGGCGGUGAAGCACAAGCCAAGCUAGUACUCUCACGAAAAGCAGACAUGGCGCAUUCAUGGCCCAUGAACUACUGCUUCUCGCCCAUCCAGACAUCGAGCCCGUAUUUCUUCCUAAAUAUGAAGAGAGGUAUCUUGCAGUUUGUUGUGCUAAAGCCGUUGGGUGCCAUCUUCGCUGUAGUAGCCGAGGCCACAGGUGUAUACUGUAAUGGAGAAUGGAAGUUUAAUUGUGCUUACUUGUACCACACCAUCCUGAUCAACGUAUCCGUGUCGAUCGCGCUGUACUGUCUGAUUUUGUUCUACAAAGCCACUAAAGAAGAGCUGACUCCAUGGAAACCGCUGUGGAAGUUUCUGUGCAUCAAGGCCGUCAUCUUCUUCUCCUUCUGGCAGGGAGUGUGCUUCUCGUUCAUGAUUGGUGUGGGGCUGAUUCGCAAUGUCGGCUACUACUCCACCGAGUAUCUCUCCUACGGUCUGCAGGAUUUCCUUAUCUGCAUAGAGAUGUUGUUCAUCGCUGUUGCACACUUGUUUGUGUUCAAUCCCGAGGAGUAUAUCGACACCUCUUCCGGACGCCCGCGCUCCAAGGAGUACGCCGUCCGCGAUGUGUUCGCUAUUGGUGAUGUGGUCCAGGACACGCGCGAAACGUUCAAUAUUAUGCGUCCAGCAUACACCGCUCUGGAGACCACAGACCUCCCAGAUGCGGCGGUGAUCCGAACCAUGCGAGGCAAUUCCAACGACAACUCGGAAUUCUACCAAUUGAAUAGCACAGACAAAUCAGGCACGAGUACGUUCGAUAACAUCGGCACCAAUGCCGCGGAAGAGCUGGAGAGCUGGGGCGAUAAUAGGCCGUCAUCAAGGUCACGGAGCUAUGGGGGUCUGGGUAUGUCCGGGUGAGCUGGCCUGACAAUUUAGUAAAUUUAGAACAAGGUUCACAAAAGCAAGCACGGCGCAGCGGAGCGCUGGGUGGUUCGGUGUGCACUCGUGAGCUAGUUCACUGGUUGGUGUUGUGUAUCGGGAGAGCGGAGAUUUCAAGUCCUUUGGAAGGAGAUUGGGAUAUGAAGUUGAUAGGGAAGGGUAGGAAGAACCGAGCCGCUUGUACUUUAAGCCGUAUUGCAGCGAUGAUGAUAGUUUUAGGUACAUAUCACGCCUUCGUGACUCAAAUUGUAGUACAGGGGUCUGGCAAACUUUUCAGGAGCGGCUAGAAUACCGUAUACUACCCGCCUUAUCAGGACUACAGAUGCGGUAUGUGCCAUCAACACCAAACGUUAAACGUGCGCGAGUGUUAUUGCAGUUUGUAACUAGGUAGCUGCUGACCCGGCGUGUGACCGAGAUCUAGUAUCUGCGUAUGUAUACGUGUGCUCUCGCAUGAUGUAUGGUCAUUGCUGCGAGAGAGAACGACCUCGGGCAGGCCGUACUGUUAAUAGUCGUCCCGGUGUAAUGCAUAGUGCUAUGUAAAUAUUCAGCCGUCUAGGACUAUAAAGAUGGUAAUGAAAAGAUUGAAAUAAAUAUAAUAAUAAGAGGGGGGAAUAAUUCAAGUUGAUGACUAUAAGGUGUACGUUUACCAAUGAAUUUGCA